UCAAGACUAUAACAAUUCCACUUUUAUUUCAAUUUCAAUUUCAAUCUGAAAAAAGAAACAUGAGAAACCCAUUAAAAUCAAAGAAAAGGAUUUUGAACAAACAAUGGUUCAUGCAACCUCAAGAAGAACAAAGAAAAUGGUGGAAUCAAGAAGAAGAUCCAAUAUGGGUGACAUAUUAUUGUAGUGAUCAUCAAAUACUGAUGGUGGGUGAUGGAGAUUUCUCAUUCUCACUUUCACUAGCCAAAGCUUUUGGUUCUGCUUCAAAUAUGGUUGCUUCUUCUCUUGACACCUAUGAUGAGGUUAUCAAGAAGUACAAGAAUGCGAAAUCAAAUUUAGCUGAAUUGCAGAAUCUGGGAGCUUACCUGUUACAUGGAGUGGAUGCAACCCAAAUGAAAUUUCAUCCAGAUUUAAAAAUGCGGAAGUUUGAUCGCAUUAUAUUCAACUUUCCUCAUGCAGGUUUUCAUCUGAAGGAAGAUGACUUGAUGAUGAUCAAGAUGCAUAUGGAUGUUGUGUUUGGUUUCUUCAAGAGUGCAAGUCACAUGCUUAGGGCCAAUGGUGAAAUUCAUGUCAAUCACAAAACUACACCUCCUUAUGACAGGUGGGACAUACAGAAGCUCGCCGAGCAAAGCUUUCUGAUAUUGAUCGAGUGUGCUGAUUUCAAGAAAGAAGAUUAUCCAGGUUACAACAACAAGCGAGGGGAUAGCUAUCGAUGCGAUGACUCGUUUCCUCUCGGUGAGUGCAGCACGUUCAAGUUUAUACACAAUCCCAGAAGUAUGAAAAAUCAUUUGAGGAGAAAUCAUAUGGAGGUUUCUAGACAACAUGAAAUUCUUCCAUUUCAAGAGAUUAAGAACAUGGAGCAAUUUCCAGCUCCUGUUGAUCUCAAUUAUGGUCCUCAAACCAGAAAUGCAUUACAAUAUAUUCAGAACAUGGAGCGAUUACGAGCUCCAGUUAAUCUGAAUUAUCGUCCUCAAAGAAGUCUCUCUCCAAAAAUGAAUCAACUCGAUCAUUUUCCUCAGACAAGUCUUGUUCCAAACACUCCUCAACACUAUCAUUAUCCUCAAACAAGUCUUGUACCAAACACUCCCGAACUCUAUCAUUAUCCUCAGACAAGUCUCCUUCCAAAAAUGAAUCAACUCGUUCAUUAUCCUCAGACAAGUCUUCUGCCAAAAACGAAUCGACUCGAUUAUUAUCCUCAGCAAAGUCACUUUCCAAAAAUGAAUGAACCAGUGAGACCAGAAUUUGACUCGAGAAAUGGAUUCAAUACAAUCCCAAGGGACUACUACUUCAACAAUGUGACAGAAAGACAUGGAAUAGUUGGUUCUCGUGCUGACUGUUACCAUUUUGGUUACUUGAGCACAAUUUUGAAUACUUAGAACACAAAAUUCAUAUGCUCUCAAAAUACUAAUGAAAUAUUCUCUAUAAUUUCUUUUAUCUAUGUAUAUUUUCUGCCUAACCACCAUUAAUUAUACUCCGUA